AUGGCAUUGUGGGAGGCAAUCCUGUGUGCCUUCUUAGCAGCUACUUUGGGUGGGCUUUAUCUGGCAGGGGCAUUCCGCAAGCAAAGAGCCAACGAGCCGCCCUUGGAAAAAGGCAUCAUUCCGUGGCUAGGAUGUGCCCUGGAAUUCAGGCGAGACGGCGUGGAGUUCUUGCGAAGGAUGCAAAAGAAGCAUGGGACCAUUUUUACAGUGCUGCUUGGAGGCUCCUAUUUCACUUUCCUGAUGGACCCCCUCUCUUUUAAAACUGUGGUGAAAGAAGCAAGAGCCAAGCUGAGUUUCACAGAAUUUGCAGAAGAACUGGUGCAGAAGGUGUUUGGAUAUCGGCCUUCUUUAAUGACCCACAAGAUAAUAGAGAGUGCCAGUACAAAGCACCUCAAUGGGAACGGGCUCGUGGUGAUGACUCAGGCAAUGAUGGACAGUUUGCAGAUGGUGAUGCUUCAUAGCCUAGGCUCAGCAGAAGUGGGAAAGCCCUGGAAAGAAGAUGGGCUGUUCCACUAUUGCUACAACAUGGUCUUUAGGGCUGGAUAUCUCGCUUUGUACGGAAACGAGCCAAGGAAAAGCAAAGCUGCCCAGAGAAAUGACCUACAGCACUCUGAAGAAAUAUAUGAAGAAUUUCGGAAAUACGACCAACUCUUCCCACGCUUAGCCACUUCCACACUGUCCUAUGGAAAUAAAAAGGAAGCCGAACGCUUGAAGAGGCUCUUCUGGGGCAUCCUGUCGAUGAAGAAUGUGCAGCAGAAGGACAAUGUCAGCGAGUGGGUGAGGGAACAGGAGCAGCAGCUUGCCGAGGAGGGAAUGCCUGAAUACAUGCGGGAUAGAUUUAUGUUUUUGCUCCUCUGGCCAGCCCAAAGCAACACUGGUCCAGCUUCCUUCUGGCUCCUUCUGCACCUUAUGAAAAAUCCAAAGGCAAUGGAAGAGGUAAGGAAAGAAGUGGACCGAGUGGUGAAAGAAUCUGGACAGGAGGUAAAGCCAGGUAGUGCCGUGAUUAAUGUCACCAAGGAGAUGUUAACCAACACUCCUGUCUUGGAUAGUGCUGUGCAAGAGACUCUGAGGUUGGCAGCUGCACCUCUGCUGAUCAGGGCUGUGAUGGAGGACGUGGAACUCAAGAUGAACGACGGAAGGGAAUAUGCUCUGCGCAAAGGAGACAGAGUUGGAAUCUUCCCCUACUUGGCAGCGCACAUGGAUCCGGAAAUCCACCCCGAGCCUCAUGUUUUCAAAUACGAUCGUUUCCUGAACCAAAAUGGCACCAAAAGGGAAUUCUAUAAGAAUGGAGAAAAGGUGAAGUAUUGCACCAUGCCUUGGGGUGCGGGGACCUCCAUGUGCCCUGGAAGGUUCUUCGCUGUCAAUAAGCUGAAGCUGUUUGUCUUUAUGAUGCUCACCUACUUCGAUAUGGAGUUGGUUAACAAAGAAGAAGAUUUCCCUCCUUUGGAGAAGAGCCGCUAUGGGAUCGGCGUGAUGCAGCCGGAACACGAUAUUCAGUUUAGGUAAAGGUAGUCCCCUGUGCAAGCGCCGAGUCAUUACUGAUCCAUAGGGAGACAUCGCAUCACAACGUUUUCGUGGCAGACUUUUUUGUUACAGGAUGGUUUGCCAUUGCCUUCCCCAGUCAUCUACACUUUACCCCCAGGAAACUGGGUACUCAUUUUACCGACCUUGGAAGGAUGGAAGGCUGAGUCAACCUUCAGCCGGCUACCUGAACUGGGCUUCUGCCGGGAUCGAACUCUGGUUGUGAGCAGAGCUUGGGUUGCAGUACUGUAGCUUACCACUCUGUGCCACGGGGCUCGGUAUUAAGGCUAGUAUUCUAGAAUAAUAAUCAGCCUAGGUUUAAAUAACUAUUUUGAAGUCUUAAGCCCCAGAUAUGUAUUUGACUACUGUGAGGUUGACAUCUCUGUCAUUACCUAGUGGAAGACUAUGCAGAUAGUAGUAUCUGGAAUAACUGGGGAAGGACAUUCACACUCUACACGUUACUUUUUUUUACACGUUCUCCACAGAGCCAAGCCAUGCUCUGCGCAGACACACAUUGCCUUCCCCAGUCAUCUACACUUUCCCCCCAGGAAACUGGGUACUCAUUUUACCAACCUCGGAAGGAUGGAAGGCUGAGUCAAUCUUGAGCUGGCUGCCUGAACCCGGCUUCUGCCAGGAUCGAACUCAGGUCGUGAGCAGAGCUUGGGCUGCAGUACUGCCGCUUACCACUCUGCGUCACGGGGCUCUCCUUUGUUACCCAUCUUACAGUUGAAUUAUUUUCUUCUUGUAUGGAAUAGUUUGUUCUACAACAAAUCCAGUUGCAGAUGUCAUUUUCUUAAACUCUUUACCUUGCCUCAUUUAAUCUCUGGUUAAAGUUGAAUUUAAAACCUCGGGUCUUAACUCCUUGAGGAUAGUUAUCAGCUGCAUGGCAAAAGACUGUCCAAAAAAAGUUACAGAGCUUGGGUUUUUCCUCUCACUCAGAGCAGAACCACAAGUGACAAAAGGCACAGGUUGGACACUUGUCAGCUUCCCUCAAGUUUUGGCGGGAAAUGUAGGCAGCUUGGCGGAAUGUUGGACAAGUGACAGUUGAAAAGUCCAUUGGACACCAGUCAGAGAGCCAAGCUGCAAGACUAGGAUGCCUACAUUUCCCAUCAAAACUUGAGGGAAGGUGACAAGUGUCCAACCUGUGCCUUUUGUCACUUGUAGUUCCGCUCUCAGUGUUGGAGCUGAGGUACAAACAGGCAAAACUAACCUUCAAACAAAGGAUGGUGGAUACAGAGCAACAGAAAGAUCUAAAAAGAUCACUGACUUUUAAAAUUUUUGAACAGCUGUAGAUAUGUAGUCUCUCCAGCCGCUUAUCUAUCUUGACUGGAGAUACUUAGUCAUAGGAGGACAUUCUCACUUGCAGGACAUCAAGCCGUCCCCUCUGUAGUUCUAGAGAGGCAAGACAAAAAGGUUUGGAUGGAAGAUAGGUUGGGUCUCUGUGGUAUAGGGGAAAUUGAAACCAUAGAAAUAUUGGUGGAGAUGGGUUAGAAGGUUUUGGAUUAGUGACAUGGUCGAUUGAUACCAGUGCACUUAUUUGUAUCCUGUAUUUUAUCUACGCGUAUGUUUUCUCUUUUGUAUUUGUUAUAGACUGUCAAUAAUUUUUUUUUUUAAAGAAUAUGUUUUGUUACAUUGUCCCUAUUAUCAAGAAAUUCAUAAUAUGUUUGUUUCCUCUAUAAUCAAUAGGCACUCUGGCUACUAAGAAUUUGAAUACCUUGCCUUACCUUACCCUGGCUACUAAGAAUUUGAGUAUACUAGAAUGCUGUUAAUAGAUGAAAACCCAAAGGUUGCAGCGUGUACCACAAAGUUUUUAGCGGCAGCUUACAAAAUCCGCCAGUUAAGGAAGGUAUAAAAAUAUAUGAUGAAAUGCUUUUAUUGUAUUUUACUUUUGUGUAAUAUUUUUAGUAAUGUGGGAGCUAAUAAUUUUUACCUUUGACCUCCUGAGAAUAAGAAUGCUGUUAUGUUUUAUGCUGGUCUAGGACCAUUUUAAUAAAGAUUGAUUGAUUGGUCGUCGUGGUUGAUUUACAACCAAGGAUCAACCUUAAGUUUUAUCUGCAUAUUUUGUAGAAUUUUAACAGUUUUAUUCACAAUUUUAUUAGCAGGUAUUCUUAAACUAUUAUAUGUAACCUUAUUUGUUGUGGUGACUGGGAAUUCUCACAAGACUUGUGCUGGUCUAUGACUGUAUUAAUAAAUUUGAUUUGAAAUACUUUACCAA